AAAUGACUGGAGAAUACGUGAGAAAGGUAAACGAAGCAUACAGCAACUGCAUUCUGUGCAACCAGAAUAUCAACAACCUAAACGUAACAAAACACAAGCAAUCACAUCACCACAAUUUACGAAAAACCAACAAUAUCAGAAGCGGCAAACCGAAAGAAGCGCCCACGACCGAGAGAAACAACGAAAACACAAGCAAAACGACCACAACUGAAAGAAAUGAUAAAAAUAAUGUAACAGUUGAUGUAAAUGAGCCUUAUGAAGAAAUAAAAGGAGAACUGCGGUGUCUGGUAUGCGAAUGCAGAGUACCAAAGGAUGUACGCAAUAGAGAAGACCAUUUAAAAGGAUUUAGACACUUGAAUAACCUGAAAUUGAAGUCUCUGCUGUAA